GUUCGUUGGCUCCUUCUUGUUCCUUAAUUAAUUCAAAUUAUAUUCAUCACCUCCAUUGAAUAAGUCCAUUUCACGACAAAGUCACCAAUGCUUCUUUUACAUGUAUAUAUACUUCUUUCCACUCCCUCUUCUCUACUCAAAUCAAAUCUUCUUCCUUCUCUGUUUUCUUAAGCUUUUUGAAAAUUUUAUCAAUGGCGACUCCUAACGAAGUAUCUGCACUUUGGUUCAUCGAGAAACAUCUACUCGACGAGGCUUCUCCUGUGGCUACAGAUCCAUGGAUGAAGCACGAAUCAUCAUCAGCAACAGAAUCUAGCUCUGACUCUUCUUCUAUCAUCUUCGGAUCAUCGUCCUCUUCUUUCGCCCCAAUUGAUUUCUCUGAAUCCGUAUGCAAACCUGAAAUCAUCGAUCUCGAUACUCCCAGAUCUAUGGAAUUUCUAUCGAUUCCAUUUGAAUUUGACUCAGAAGUUUCUGUUUCUGAUUUCGAUUUUAAACCUUCUAAUCAAAAUCAAAAUCAGUUUGAACCGGAGCUUAAAUCUCAAAUUCGUAAACCGCCAUUGAAGAUUUCGCUUCCAGCUAAAACAGAGUGGAUUCAAUUCGCAGCUGAAAACACCAAACCGGAAGUUACUAAACCGGUUUCGGAAGAAGAGAAGAAGCAUUACAGAGGAGUAAGACAAAGACCGUGGGGGAAAUUCGCGGCGGAGAUUCGUGACCCGAAUAAACGCGGAUCUCGCGUUUGGCUUGGGACGUUUGAUACAGCGAUUGAAGCGGCUAGAGCUUAUGACGAAGCAGCGUUUAGACUACGAGGAUCGAAAGCGAUUUUGAAUUUCCCUCUUGAAGUUGGGAAGUGGAAACCACGCGCCGAUGAAGGUGAGAAGAAACGGAAGAGAGACGAUGAUGAGAAAGUGACUGUGGUUGAGAAAGUGUUGAAGACGGAACAGAGCGUUGACGUUAACGGUGGAGAGACGUUUCCGUUUGUAACGUCGAAUUUAACGGAAUUAUGUGACUGGGAUUUAACGGGGUUUCUUAACUUUCCGCUUCUGUCGCCGUUAUCUCCUCAUCCACCGUUUGGUUAUUCCCAGUUGACCGUUGUUUGAUUAGUUUUUUUUGAGUUUUUGAACGAUGUGUAUGCUGACGUGGACGUACACGUAGGUGCAUGCGAUGAAAAAAACAUCUAUUUGUUCAUAUUUUUGCGUUUUUCUAUUUGUUCAUUCUUUUUCACAAUUCACAAUACAUUAUUUCAGUUAAUGAUUACGGAUAAUUUAGCUUUACGUUAAUUUAUUAUGAGUACUAGAAGAAAUCGGA